AUGAGCAACGCCACAGCCCCCACAGCCCCAGGCACUGCAGGUGACUCGUUGGUGGGCUACAUCCUGGGACCCUUCCUCCUUGUCACCCUCCUCGGUGCCCUCCUGGCCGUGGUGAUGUACGUGCAGAAGAAGCGGAGGUUCGAUCGCUUGCGGCACCGCCUGCUGCCCAUGUACAGCUACGACCCAGCCGAGGAGCUGCAGGAGUCUGAGCAGGAGCUGCUGGUGGAGGCAGAGGACACCCGGGUGGUGCCUGGCUGGGGGGGGGCCUCACCCCAUCGACCCCCACGCAGGGACUAG